UGAUUGGAAGCAGGAUUAACAUUGUGUAGUCUAGCCUGAAUUUACAGGGCCUGAUGAUGUAUUUACUAUCUGCCCAGGCAAAAUUUCCAUAAACUUAAAUGGCGAGUGAAGAGCAGUUUAAAUUAAAAUAAAACCAAGUCACCCUUUCCAUUCCCCUUUAUUGUUUAGAACUCAACUAGCACUAGGACCACAGCGGAGUCUCAAAGUCAGGAGGUCCCUUGAUUCAUUCAAUCUCUCUCUCUCGCACGCACAGACACACAUAAACUGCAACAAGGGCAGAGGAACAAGAGAAGUAGAGGAAAGAGCUUUAAAUUUUAAAGUUUGAAUUUCCAAAAGCAAUGGGGAAACGUGGCCGGCCGAGGAAAGAACUGAAAUGUGAGGGUGAUGUUUUGGAUCCUUCUUUAGGUCAGCAGCAAGAAAUGCCAGCAGCAGAUAUGUCCAGGUGCCCAUUCAGUGACAUUUUCAGCAGUAGUGGGGACUCCAUGGAAAAGAUCAACACUUUCCUGCAGAAUGUGCAGAUCUUGCUAGAAGCAGCCAGCUACUUGGAGAAAAUCGAGAAGGAGAAUAAAAAGUGUGAGCAUGGCUAUGCCUCGACCUUCCCCUUGUUACCGAGCCCUGGACUGCAGGAUCCAAAGCCAAUGCGGAGGCUGAGCCGAGUGAGGAAACACAGCAGCGGGGGCAGCAGUACAAGCACUGCCAACAGGUCUACACACAACGAACUGGAGAAGAACCGACGUGCUCACCUACGCCUGUGCUUAGAACGUUUAAAGGUUCUGAUACCACUAGGACCAGACUGCACCCGGCACACAACCCUUGGGCUGCUUAACAAAGCCAAAGCACACAUCAAGAAACUUGAGGAGGCCGAGAGGAGAAGCCAACACCAGCUUGAAAACCUGGAACGAGAACAAAGAUUCUUAAAGAGAAGGCUGGAACAACUGCAGGGUCCUCAGGAGAUAGAACGAAUACGAAUGGACAGCAUUGGCUCAACCAUUUCCUCUGAUCGCUCGGAUUCAGAGCGAGAGGAGAUUGAAGUGGAUGUUGAAAGCACAGAGUUCUCCCAUGGAGAAGUGGAUGAUAUCAGCACAACCAGCAUCAGUGACAUUGAUGAUCAUAGCAGCUUGCAGAGUGUUGGGAGUGAUGAGGGUUAUUCCAGCGCCAGCGUCAAACUCUCGUUCGCUUCCUAGAACAAAGUGAGACAACAGUGCAGGGCGGAUUAUUCCACUGGAGUAAUCGGAGUUCAAACUGGAUUCUAGAUGCAGUAUCCUCUUUUAGAAAUGACAUGUCAACAGCUAGACCGGAACAGACCUAUGUAUAUGUACCCCUUGGGCAAUAGGAGGCCUCCAUAGGAACCCAUGUAUGUCCAUUGGGUCAUAUUGCAAAAGCCUGGUUUCCCCUAGUGUAGUGAGACUGAACCCUGGCCCUUCUGAAGUCAGUGACAAAACUCCAGUUGGCUUCAGUGGGAUUUGGCCCUUACAUGAUGAAUUACUUUGCUUUGACUUUGUUUAUUUGAAAGAGGAUAGUGGAGAUUCAGCCCCUCUCUCUUUCAAUUUGUCAUUAGAUCUGAGAAACGUCCAGUUUUUCUCAUACUGCAUUCAGAUAGAACAACUUGGUUUAGACCCUUCUGGAACUUUCCUGGUCCUGAAAUGACUCUGUCCUAAUGUGUGAUCACCAUCAGGCAUUAUAGUAACAUAGCAGGAAGUCACAGCAGCUUGGCCAUGAAGACGUAUCACACAACCUAUGAAUAAUAAUAGGUGUUCAGUUCAUGCCCAGAGAGAGAGGCAACAGUGAAGAUUUUUCAGGAGAAAUCACCAUUCGGCUCAACGUUCUAUUGGACAUCAUUUAAAGCAAGUACCUUUAUCACACUGCUAGCACUAGGGUACUAAACUGUAAUCCACCAGCACGUGGCGGGCUGCAUUGUGGAGUCCAACAGCAGUGCUCCCCUAGAGAGAAAGAGAGAGACUCUCUCUCUCUCUCUGACAGAAAGAAACCAGCGUGUGGAAAGUCAUGCCCAGAUUCUGAGCCACUAUGACCUUUUUUUAUUUAAAGAUCUUUUGAUAAACGUUUGUAAAUGUGUUGGGAGUAAAAACACUCCAAAUGUGACACGUCUUUUUAGAUGUCUUUUAUAAUGGAUUAACACCACUGAAAAGGUAUCUGUUUUGAUGCAGCACUUGACCUGGUGAAACACAAAAAUGCUCUUUGCCGUGCACAAAACGAACAAGGUCUGUGCUGGCUUGGAAAGGUCAGGGUUGCUGAGUUUUUUGGUUUCCUGUUUUUUAGUCAUUCCCCUUGCAAACUUUGAAGGCACCUGAUCCCCUACAGUAGUCAUAGUUCAAUAGUUAACAUAGUUAAGCUCAGCACUUGUCUCAUCUUAAUGUAACAUUUGGCCUGCGCACAUCCCCGUGUGUAUCCAGUAUCUCACCUGAGCAGGUGCUGUUGCUGUUGAGAGCUAUUGUAUCGAAUAUUUUAUAAUUUUCUUGGAGGUGAGAUUUCUAACCUGCACUUUGAGGGCUUUGCUUUCUUGUUUUGUCUUUUUUUUUUUUUUAAUGGUGAGAAUUAUAUUUUUGUUUUCCAGGUUAAAAACCUUCUUAAAGAGACCUCACCAAUGGCAUUGUUUGAAAUUUUGUAUACCUUUAAGUAAUUUAACUACCCUCUCAUUACUAAGGAAAAAAAUAAAAGGAAAAAAAUGCUUUAUAAAAUUCGUAACUUAUUGGUUGUUAAUUUCAGUCCUUUUUUUUUUUUAAUUGUUUUUAGGUAGGGCUGGGCAAAAAAAAAAAUGAAGACAACCUUAUUUAGCAGUGCAGUAGAAUUGUGUUUAUAUGUUAGAAUAUGGUCCCACAUUAAAGUAGCACUUUAACACCAUUAAAUAUUUCUGGAUCUGAAA